UCUCUCUCUCUCUCUCCCCCCCUCUCUCUUUCUCUCAAAUGUUAGUGUAAAUUUAAAGUCCUACUUGCAGUUUUAAAUUUAGUAGUCCAUAUAGAUUUUAAUUUUUUCCCUUGAGUGCCCUAGAGGUGCUGCUAAACCUCUGAUAAACAUUACUCAUGAAAGAGUAUUCCUUUAAAAAAAAUACUCUCAAAAAAGAAUUUUAAUAAGCUUGACCAAAAUAUAUAGAAAGUGUAUUGUGUUGAGUGAAACUUUGUAGGUAAUAAUGAGAGUAAUAGAAAAUCAUAUUGGAUGACUAGUCUGUAAUUAUGUCAAGGAACACAUACAAUGAAACAAGUUCUUAAAAAAAAAAGAAACAAGUUCUUUUGGUUACUUUGUCAAACAGCCAACACAAUGGGGAAAGGUGGAAGAAAUGUCCCAUAAACACAGUGAAAGGGAACCAGAAAACCGAAUAUGUAAUCUUGGAGUAAUGACAGCAUUAGAAAACAAAACCAACAAAGGACAACACCUUCCAGAUCAAUCUGAGAUGCGUGAGAGGCAAACUAUUUACUAAAGUUGGGGCUUUACUAAUCCUGUACAGAGAUACUUGGAAUAUUUGACCUUCAGUAUGAUUAACAAGCAUUGCUUUGAAAUUGUGUUGGUGCUGUAGGCUUCUUCUACUAUCUUCUCCCUAGAAUUGAAACUGGCUUUCUUCCAACAAAGAGUAAACAGAGAGAGUUUAAAACUCUUGAAUAGAUUUCAAAAAUCAUCCAUUCAGCAGUGUCUAGCACACAGGAAAAACUUCCUGCUUCCCCAGCAGUCUGUGAAUCGUCACCAGUACCAGAAAGGACAAGCACUGGCCAUUCUUCAUGAGAUGCUUCAGCAGAUCUUCAACCUCUUCAGGGCAAAUAUUUCUCUGGAGGGUUGGGAGGAAAGACACAUGGAGAAUUUCCUCACUGAACUUCAUCAACAGCUGGAAUACCUAGAAGUGCUGAUGAGCCUGGAAGCAGAGCAGAACAGUGGCAUCCUGAGAAGUGACAACCCUAGAUUACAGAUUAAAAGGUACUUCCAAAGGAUCCAUAAUUACCUGGAAAACCAGGAGCACAGCAGCUGUGCCUGGACGAUUAUUCGAGGAGAAAUCAACCGAUGUCUGUUCUUUGCAUUCCAACUGAUAAGAAAUCUAAGCAAAUAAGGAAUGGAUUCUUUGAAGAAUGUGGACCAAAGCCAACUGCAGGCUUUAAAAGCAUAGGGCUAGAAUAACAAGACUUUAAAGGAGAAGUAACUUGCCCAAAGUAAUGUAGCAAGCCAUGGAGCCAGCAAAUGCCAGAAUAAAGAUUCUCAACCAAAUCUGCUUGACUCAAAAUCAUUCUAGACCUCACAAACCUGAACGACACUGUGCGGUAUUUCUGCAAAAUAAUAAUGGUAACAAGAAUGAUAAUUUGCUCUGGCUUUCUUUAUUCAUGUUCACACACUGUCUGCAGCCUUGAAUUAAAGAAAGAACAUUUUCUCCCCCUGAACAUUUCUUUCCUGAGAAUUGAGGGGAACAGAAUGGAGGAGGUGCGAUGUAGAAAUUCAUAGCCAAUAAUACGUACUCAUAUUUAGAAGUUAAAUCGAUAUUUUAUAUGUUAAUGUUUCCCCAAGCAUUUAGCUUUAUUAAGUUGACCUCCUGCUUGUAUAACUGUUUUCACUGCCUAAUACAAAAUAAAAAUUGCUUGAUGUUAAA